AACCAUGCAUUUGCGAAAAUUCUUGUGUUGUAUGCCCCUGAAAUAUGGAGUGAUUAUAGCGGGCGCUUCCUUCGGCCUGCUGGACUUCAUCAUAGGUUGCUACGGGUGGAACAUGCUUAUUAAAAACGAAUUCCCGAAAUUUGUGGUCGAGUUCUUUAGGACCAUGGACACCCGAAUCUGUGUGGCUGGAUUUGCUACUGUCCUUUGGCUGUUAAUGAUCAAUAAUUUCCUUUUGGUCUAUGCCGUGCUUUACAAAAAGCUUCUGCUUAUCGGGACAUGGCUGUUGAUAAACUACAUGGUGUUUUUAUUCACUCUCGUCACCGUGUUGUUGGAUUCCUGGGCGUUUAUCAGAAUUGGUUGUCUCGGAUAUUGUUUGAUCGUUGUGAAGUCCUACUAUACUGAACUGUCCGUGGUUGAGGCUGUAGAAUCUGAUUCCAGCAGAGGAGCAUCGGAAAGUGAGGAUGAAUCAAACGCAUAAAUUGUAAUAUCUCCCUUAUUUUUGAAACGAAAAUAUACA